UUCUGCGCACGCGCGGUAGGGUUCAGCUCCUGCUUGAUGGGAAAUUAAAUCUGGGUUCAGAGGCCGAGGAAUGUGGAUUAAGCUACUUUUGAUAUAAUGGGGAGACUCCUGGCUGCCUUUUGAAUCAGUUUAACAAGAAGAAAAGCUGGUCGGCCUUUUUCCGGAGGGUGCUGUGGCGAGUGGAAGACGGCGGCCGGAUGGCGAUGCUGGCGGAGCCCCGUAGGAAGCAGAAGUGGUCUGUGGAUCCGAGAAAUAACAACUGGAAAAAUGAUGAAUCCAGAUUUGGGUUAAAGAUGUUGGAGAAAAUGGGAUGGUCUAAAGGAAAGGGACUUGGAGCUCAUGAACAAGGGGAAACUGAAAACAUUAAAGUCCAAAUCAAAAACAACAAAAUGGGUUUAGGAGCAACCCAGAAUCAUGAAGAUGACUGGAUUGCACAUCAAGAUGAAUUUAAUGAACUUUUAUCUAAACUAAAUGAUUGCCAUGGACAGAAUGGAUCAUCAGUGGCUGAGAAUAAAACAAUAUUUAGCCUUGAAGCAAAAUCUAAAUCUUCCAAGAAACGAGUCCACUACCAGAAAUAUACCAAAGGAAAGGAUCUCUCUUCUCGAAGUGCCACUGAUCUUGCCUGUGUAUUUGGAAAACGGUUCAAGCAAAUUAAAGGAUUGGGAGAUGAUAAGAGAACAGAGGACAACGCCAAUAUAUCAGCCCCAAAAACUGCUGAUGACUCAGAGCUCAAAGUUGAAACCAAUACUGUGACCAGCUCCCUUACAAUGCAGGAGUAUUUUGCCAGUAGAAUGGCACAGCGUAAAAAUUGUAAAAUGGUACAAGAGAUCGAACAAGCCACUGAUGCCCAGGAACUUGUAGGACAUGAAAUGCUGUCCAAUGAAGAAGUGAGAAUUAAAUCCAAAAAGAAAAAACGGAAGAAAAGCAUUGAGAAGAUUUGUAACUUUGAUGAUCCAUCCAUAUCCAAAAAACAAAUAAAAGAUGGAGACCGAGAGAUAAGUAAUGGACUGACAGAAGACAGUCAAGUUAAAGAAAAGCCUCGGACCAAAAAGUCAAAAAAGAAAGUAAAAUAAAAAAUGAAACACCCACAGUCUUUUAAGCAGAAGAUUUGCCUCUAGAAAAAGCUGAAUUGUUGGAAGUUCGGUUUGAUUAACACACAACAAUAAAUAUAUAAAGCAGAAUCUGCUGAAAUACAUUUUAUAAUAAAAAGCAUCUUAAGUUGUUUUAUUAAUUGCAAAACAACUUAACAUAAUAAAGUGUUGAGAAACCACUUAAGGAUUUUGUUGUUUGCAGAGUAGACAUGAUGGGCCAAAUGGCCUAAUUCUGCUCCUAUAUCUUAUGGUCAUAAUGAUUCUAUGUUCUCAGUUAAAUAAAGUUGGUAAUGAAGAAAUUAGUUUAAAAAAAACAUGAUACUAUUUAUACAUUUUAGAAAUGCACCAAAUAAUAUAUGGUGCAGGUAUUACAAGUACUAAAUAUUUUAUAUUACUCGCCUUUGACUUUCAGCCAGAGGUUUCUUCUUAAUGGGAGGACAUUGCAGAUGUUUAGAUGCAUCCUGCACACAAUUUUAUCAAGAACUUCAAAAGGUGUUUAAAUUUUCAAUAUGUAUUACUGUAAGUUAAGAGCAUAAAUUUGGAACAUAUUCAUUAUACUGGUGAAAGUAAAGUUCAAAGAAAAUUGUCAUCAUAUACAACCCUGAGAUUUAUUUUCUUGCAGGCAUUCUUAGUAAAUACAAAUAGAAUCUGUGAAAGACAACGCAUAAGAUGGACAUCCAAUGUGCAAAAGACAAACUGCAAAAAAAAAACCCAAAAUAAUAAUAAGUACUCUAUUGUCAUGAGUCUCUACUAUGGACUGAGAGUGGGAAGAGGGCAAGGAGAGGGGAAGGAAGAGGAGAGGGAGCGGAAAGCACCAGAGAGACAUUCUGUAAUGAUCAAUAAACCAGUUGUUUGGAACUAAA